AUGUCGGCCUACCUUGCUGCGCGACAGGCCUUCUCGCCUUCAUGUCCUUCGGGAGGAACCUGGUGGGCCUGUGGAUAUGGAACAUACUUUGUCGGCUGCUGCGCAAGAGACCCAUGCGACAUCACAUGCGCCCAAGGCAACCUUUACCCAGGUGCUUUCGAUCCAAAAGCAUAUGGCACAUUUCCCGAUGCUACAUGUGGAACUGGAAGCAAGUUUUAUACUUGCUCUGCCGGACAAACAUUCUGGGGCUGCUGCAAAACAAAUCCAUGUGCCCAAUCUGGCUGUCCCGACGGUGAUCUUGAACCCGCAAUCUUGAAUCGGAAUGACCUGCUCAGUGCAUAUCAUGCUACCGGAUCUGCGACUACUACUAGCACCUCAGGUCCAUCUGCUGCAGCAAAGAAAUCGGAUGACGGCGUACCAGUAGGAGCCAUAGCAGGCGGCGCAGCAGGCGGCGCAUUCGCUAUAGCUGCUAUAAUCGGCAUCAUCGUAUGGUGGCUAUGUCUACGAAGGAAGAAGAAGGAAAAGGCAAAAGCCGCCGAGCACUACGGAGACGCAAACGGAGACGCCGUCAACGGCAUGAGCGAGUUCCACAACAAGCACCACCAUAACCAGAUUUCCGAAUCACCCCCCUCCUACACCUCGCCCAACCCUAACCACCCAAACGGCUUCUACAACAACCCCACCACACACACCUACCAACACAACUACGACCCUUCCACAGUCGUACCCCACACCUACAACACCCCACAAGAACUCCCCCUCUCCACCCCAGCCACCCCCCAAACCCCCGCCCAAUUCCGCACCCACAAAAGCAUGUACAGCCACGCCCGCGGGCCCUCUGAGCUCUCCGGCGACGAACCCCGCAACGAGCUCGACUCGGGCGACCCCGCGAGCCCCGAGCUAAGCGGCAGCACCGCCGUUGUUAGUCCCGCGAGUAGGAAGUGGAGCUGGGAUGAUAAUAAAGAAAAGGUGGAUCUGGCGACGCAGUUUGAACAUCCGCAUGAGGAGACUGAGAUUGGGGUUGCGAUUGGGGAGCCAAGGGGGGAGCCAAGGGUUAUGCCGGUUUGGAGGGAGAUGAGGGAAGGCGAGGUUGAGGCGCCUGGUGGGAGAGCAGAGGCGGAUGGGGAGGUGCUGGGAGAGCAGAGGACGAGUAGAGGGCGUGCACCGCAGGGACUUGGGUUUAUUGAGAUUCUAGAUGAUAUGGCGGAGAGGAGGGGGGGGGACAUGGAUGCGCAGAGGGCGGAAAGGCGGAGUUGA